AUGCAGAAACUCAGAAGCAGAGAUGAAGAUGGACUUAAGCUGAAGCGUUUUAGAUCAAAUUUCUUCCUCUUCGCACAUGGGUUUCUCUGUUAUUCCCCCAACAAAAGCAUCUUCGACCACCACCAUCUCCCCCACGAAGGUUGCCAGCAUCCACCAUCAUUGACUUCCUCUGCUCCCCCUCCGCCGUCCCCACCCUCCUCGCUACCGUCACUGACUUCCUCUGCUCCCCCUCCUUCCAUGAAUCCUCCGUCCUCGGGUGGUUCUCCGCUCGUCACAGAUCUGCCCUCCGCCCCUCCAUGCGCGCAGAUCUGCUCUCCGGCCCUCCAUGUGCCCAGAUCUGCCCUCCGCCCCUCCAUGUGCCCAGAUCUUCCCUCCGUCACCUCCCUCCAUCACCGCUGCGUCCUCGUCGCUGUUGCGUUCUCGUCGCCGCGUCCUCGCCGCCGCUGCGUCCUCGUCGCUGUUUCCUCGCUGCCGCCGCAUCCUCGUCGCUGUGUCCUCGCUGCCGCCGCAUCCACCGUCGGUGCUGCCUCGCCGCGUCCACCGUCGUCGCACAUCGCACAUCGCAAGAGGAGAAUAUCGCGAGGCGAAGAAGAGGCGGAGAAGAGGAGAGGUGUUUUGGGGAAAUGA